AUGGACUCUGGAACCAAGCUGGAUGCAGAUAAGCAGGGGGAGAGGAUAGAUGCAACUGAAUACAGAAGAAUAAUUGGUCGUCUCAGAUAUUUGUUGCAUACUAGACUAGAUCUCUCAUUUGUAGUUGGAAUGGCAAGUAGAUUCAUGGAGAAACCUACUGUCAAGAAUCUGAAGGUUGCAAAACAGAUAAUGAGAUAUCUAAAAGGGACAUUGGGUCUUGGGUUGGUUUACACCCAAGAGAAGAAAGAAGAGGUGUUGGUGGGAUACACUGACAGUGACGUUGGAGGUGAUCUAGUUGGGAGAAGGAGCACCGGAGGGAUGGCAUUUUACCUCAAUGACAGUCCGGUGACUUGGAGCUCCCACAAAGAGAAAACAGUGGCAUUGUCAUCUUGUGAGGCAGAAUUCUUGGCAGCAACAGUGGCAGCUAAGCAGGCAAUCUGGCUUAGGAAUCUGUUGAGUGAACUUACUGCUACACAGCCAAAGACAGUGACCAUGUUUGUUAACAAUAACUCAGCCAUUGCUCUUAUGAAGAACCCAGUGUUCCAUGGCAGAAGCAAACAUAUUGAUAUCAAAUAUCACUUCAUUAGAGAAUGUGUUGAGCGUGGGCAGAUUGUGGUCAAGAGAGUUAGCACUUCGGAGCAAAAGUCAGACUCAUUGACCAAAGCCUUGCUGGCAGUGAAGCUGGGGGUGAUGAGACACCUUCUUGGUGUUCGAGAGCUUGAGGUGCAUCAGGCUUAA